AUGCUAAGAAGAAUAGCAGCCAAACUGAGCAUGUCAAGACCCAAGGUCAUUGUAAUUGCGGGUACAACGGGCGUGGGCAAGUCCCAGCUGUCCGUUGAACUUGCAACUCAUUUUUCCGGUGAAGUUAUCAAUUCAGACUCCAUGCAAGUCUAUAGACACAUUCCUAUCAUCACCAACAAACAUCCAAUAGCAGAACGCAAUGGGAUUCCACAUCACGUCAUGAAUCAUGUUGACUGGAGUGAGGAGUACUACCUUCAUCGUUUCGAACAGGAGUGCUUGAAAUCUAUCGAUGAUAUACAUUCCAGAGGGAAAGUACCUAUAAUAGUGGGAGGAACUCACUACUACCUCCAGAUUCUGCUCAACAAGCGCAUAGAACAGAAACACCGCGUGCCGACCCAAGAGGAGCAGCAACUUCUGGACCAUGGAGAGCCAGAAAUAAUCUACAGCACGCUUCAGCAGCUCGAUCCUGUCAUCGCCAACAAGUACCAUCCGAACGACUCUCGAAGAAUUCGCAGAAUGCUCGAGAUUUACUAUACAACAGGCCAAAAGCCCAGUGAGACUUUUGCCCAUCAACAGAAUACUUUGAAGUUCGACACUUUGUUUCUUUGGAUUUAUAGUGCACCCGAAGAACUCGAUAAUAGACUUGAUAGAAGGGUGGACCAAAUGAUGGACAACGGUGCAUUGAAAGAGAUCCAGCUGCUUUACGAAAAAUACCAGGCUGAAGGUCGCAGUCCAGAACAAUGUGAAAACGGCAUUUGGCAGGUAAUCGGAUUCAAAGAAUUUCUUCCUUGGCUCGAAAACCCCCAACCUGGCUUGUUCGAAUCUUCAGUAGAAAAAAUGAAGGUACGAACUCGCCAGUAUGCCAAGAAGCAAGUCAAGUGGAUCAGAAAGAUGUUGUUGCCUGACGUUAAAGAUCAUUUAUAUAUGCUUGAUGCUACCAACCUUGAUCAGUGGAAAAUCAAUGUUAUGGAACGUGCGGUUUCCAUCACAAACAGCUUUUUAAGCUCAAGCAGUAUUCCACAAGAACAUGCACCGUCAAGUGUCAUCUCAUUGCUUUCCAAGGACAACUUGGGGGACAACAGUCCCAAACUCGAAAACGAUUGGCGUCGAUUCACAUGCGAUAGUUGCCGAGAUAGAGAUAACAAGGCUUUGGUGGCUAUUGGUGCCAAGAGCUGGGAAAUACAUUUGAAGAGCAGGCGUCAUCGCACGAAUUUGUCGCGAGCCAAAAAACUGGCAAAUCAUGAGGUAUGGAAGAAAAGGAAAGAACUGGUUGCGGCAAAGGAGACUGGUCAAGAUCCAAUUCCAUAA